AUGGAUUUAGAUCGAGAUCGUGCAAAAACAUUGUGUCAAAAACUUUCUGUUGAAGAUCUUCCGACUCUACUUAUGGCUGAUCCUGGACGUCGGUUAUUUAAGGAACAAGGUGUCGAUUAUGUACGAGAUAUUUAUAAUAGUGGAGCUAUACGCACUUGGUCUAAAGGAAAACGUUUAUUUCGAUCACGUGAACCACAUGAAGGUGAAUAUGUUUGGAAUGGUAUUAUUUGUCAUCAAUGUUAUAUGAGUCCAAUCAUUGGUUCACGAUAUGGUUGUUUAGAAGCAAAGUGUUAUGUAGAUUUAUGUGAAACGUGCUUACAAAAAACUGAACAUGAACAUUCUCUCGUUGGAUAUUUAGUACCUAAACAACAAUAUUCAUUCGAACAACUUUUCAAAUCAGUUCCUUAUUUACUUAAUCCUAAUAGUGAAGAAAAGAUUGAAACAAAAACAAUAUGGGAAAAUGGUAUUAAAUGUGUUGGAUUUUAUUUUUCUGCUCAUUGGUGUGGUCCUUGUCAAAUCUUUACACCGAAAUUGGCAGAUGUUUACAAAGAAGCACAAAAAAAUUCUCUAUCUUUUCGUAUAGUUUUUGUAUCAUCUGAUAACGAUGAGGAAUCAUUCAAUGAAUAUCAUUCAAAAAUGCAUUGGCCUGCUGUGCCAUUAGAUUCAACUCAUCUUAUCAAAACAUUGUUCAUUGUUUCAUCCGAUGGAAAAAUUCUUUCACAUCAAGGUGUUGACGAUGUUAAACGUAAAGGUAUAGAAGCUUUGAAAACAUGGACACAAGGAGAAACAGUGGCUCCUCCAGCGGAAGAUGAAUUUCAAUGGGAAGAUAUAUCAUGUAAUGGAUGUAGCAUGAAUCCUAUUAUUGGUCAAAGAUACUAUUGUUCUUCAUGUGAUAAUUAUGAUCUAUGUUCAACAUGUGCAAAGAAAGGACAUGAACAUCCACUUGAAUUGGUACCACAAUCGACUGAAGAUGAAGAUGAUUGA